AUGGCAGAGAUCGAACCCAAGGCCCCGACCACGCAGGUCGGCACCGAAACCACCUCCUUUACCGACGAGAUCCCCCGCCCGCGAGGAUGGAUGUACAAGCGCAUCGGCGUUGGCAAGUACAAUCUCGGCUGGUACGCCUCUCCCAAGUUCCAGCUGGGCAUGGUCGCCUUCGUCUGCUUCAUGUGUCCCGGCAUGUUCAAUGCGCUUAGUGGGCUGGGCGGCGGCGGCAAGGCCGAUGCGAAGUUGGCCGAUGAUAUGAAUACCGCUCUCUACAGUACCUUCGCCGUCGUGGGUUUCUUCGCCGGCACGUUCGUCAACCGUCUGGGCGUGCGCGCCGCGCUUUCCUUCGGAGGCAUUGGCUACUGCCUCUACGCGAUUUCCCUCCUUGUCUCGGUCCACAAGUAUGUCCCUGGAUUUAACAUUUUCGCUGGCGCAUUGCUCGGAGUGUGCGCCGGUCUGCUGUGGGCUGCGCAGGGCACCAUUAUGAUGUCCUACCCCCCCGAGCAGUCCAAGGGCCGCUACUUUUCCUGGUUCUGGGGUAUCUUCAACGUCGGCGCCUGUAUUGGCAGUCUGAUCCCGCUCGGCGAGAACAUUCACGUCAAGACCAACAGCACCGUCGGCGACGGCACCUACAUCGCCUUCAUUGUGCUCAUGUUCUUCGGCGCUUGCCUGGGCCUGUUCAUCUGCGAUGCCGACAAGAUUAUCCGUGACGACGGCUCCAAGGUCAUUCUGAUGAAGAGCCCCAGCUGGUCCACGGAGAUCUACGGUCUGUGGGAGACCAUCAAGGCAGAGCCCUUCAUCGUCCUGCUCUUCCCCAUGUUCUGGUCCUCCAACUGGUUCUACACCUACCAGCAGAACGGCAUCAACGGCGCCUACUUCGACACCCGCACCAAGGCCCUGAACGGUUUCUUGUACUGGUUCGCUCAGAUCGUGGCGGCCGUCAUUAUUGGUCCCCUGUUGGACUCCAACCGCGUGCGCCGUAGCGUCCGCGCCAAGAUCGCUUUCGGCGUCUUGUUCACCCUCACCAUGGUGAUUUGGGGCGGUGGCUAUGCCUGGCAGAAGCACUACACCCGCGCGGAUGUCAGCCAGGAUGCUGUCGACGCGGGCACAUUCACUCCAUGGGACUGGACGACCAAGGGUUACCUGGGACCCAUGUUCCUGUACUUCUUCUACGGCAUGUACGACGCUGUCUGGCAGGGUGUUGUCUACUGGUUCAUGGGCGCCCUCGGCAACUCCGGCCGCCGCCUGGCCAACCUAGCCGGUUUCUACAAGGGCCUGCAGUCCGCCGGUGCCGCCGUGAUGUGGUCCCUCGACAGCAAGAAGACUCCCUUCAUGAACGAGCUUGCCUCCAACUGGGGCAUCCUGUCCGGCUCCCUCAUCAUCGCCCUCCCCAUCGUCUUCAUGCGCAUCAAGGAUACCGUCCCGUUGGAGGAUGACCUGGUCGGCACGGGCGAGACUAUCGAAGAUGUCCUCCCGGCAGAGGCGAUUGCCGAGAAGCGCGCCGCCGGAGAGAUCUAG